AUGGAAAGGCAUUUAUGGGAUGUUAUACAGGGGAUUCCUCCGGUGACAAGGACUUAUCUGGGUGUGUCUUUUGCCUUCUGCUCACUGGUGGGCUGUGGCCAAUUCUCCAAUAACCCUUCGGACUGGGGAUUGUCAUUUGCAAAGAUAUUCAAAUAUGGACAAGUAUAUCGAUUAUUUACCAGCAUCAUGUACGAUGGUGCACUGCGAUGGGAACUGCCCUUUACGUGGCUGAGGGUAGGGAGUGUGAUGACUUUUCUUGAAAGGAAAUACGAAAACGCCUGGAGUUUCGUUUGGUUGAUUGUGUUGAUGGCGCUGUCGAAUUACGUUGCUGCUUAUUUCUUGUUGAAUUGUACUGAUAACACGCUGCUGAACGCACAUUUCAUGUUCGCGGUCUACUAUUUGUCAGUGAGAAGAUUUCCCAAUGGGGACCAUGUGAUGAUGGGGUUGGUAACGAUAAAGGCCAAGUACAUUCUGAUCAUGCUCUACUUGUUUUCCUUCUACAGUGUGUGGUACUUCAUCGCCGGUUACCAGGGUAGUCUGGAUGGCUGUGUAGGAAUUUUGGCUGGACAUCUGGUAUUUCUGGGAUACGAUCUGGUGCCUCCGUUGUUCAAUGGAAUCAAUGUGCUUCAGCCAAUUUGGGAAUGGACAUUCGUGAAACGUGUUUUUAUGCCAAUGAAAACCCUGUUGUUAUCAACCGGUUUGUUUGCGCAUGCUGAUCAGGUGGUGCUUGUGCAACUUGACGAUGAUGGGGUGGAAGGGCCAGUGGAAGUACCAGUAGCAGUGGCUACAGGAUUUGAAUUGGGCAAUGACGAUGGACUUGCUCUUAGAGACCUAGGCGGUGAAGAAGCUGUGGAGGAAUGA